AAUGGAAAAGGCGAGCAUAAGCCAGCAGGAGCUUCAGGCCAUUAAGAGCCUUAUGCUACUCAGCAACACUCACAAAAAUGUCAGUGUUGAAAACCAGCUUCUGGCACUUAAAGAAGUGAACACCAGACAAAAUCUAGAAAUCCGAGGCCUGAAAUGCAAAAUCAGCAGCAUGGAGAAAAUCUUUCGCUUAAUGGAGGAAAAACUUUACAAAGUGGAGAACGAGUUGAACAAAGACCCAAAGCCCACAGCAAAGAGAACUGGAUCAGACAUGUCACCACCCAGGAAAGCUCAAAAGCCUCGACUUGAUGCUGCUUCAGCUGAUCCUGUAAACACAACACACACAACACAAUCUCUUAUCUCCAGUGCAUUAGAAACACUACAAAAGUCCUGUUCUGAUGUUUUACCUACAGACAGGAUUCAUGCACUUCUCAGAGGAACAAGUGAACUUCCUGUUCUGAGAGAUGAAGAGAAACACGUCAUUUCUGAGUUUUGUGUAAACGAGUCCUUAGCAGAGACGUUUCUGUCUGUGAUUUUGGAGAAGAUCAAGGCAGAGAGAGGGUUUAUGGGACAUGAUCUCCUGCAGUCUCUCUGUAGGGUUUAUGUAGGCGUGUGUCAACAGAGAGGAGACUCUCACAAAGCACAUGGUCUCGCCUACAGACUCCUUAAAGAAGCUUCUUCACAGAGGACAGAAGCUUCUGCCCAGCUGAAGAAAAGCAGCUCCAAAGCAUAGUGCUGCCCCCCACCAUACCACCAUGUUGAUUUUCUUGAAGCCCCCAAAGUGAUUAUGGUCAUGGUGACAGCAUGGCCAAGUUUUUUGUCC